AAGCGCCAUUUAAUCGACCAAUCGCGAUUUAGCACUAAUCGGCCAUUUUUGGAGGAUUAUAACCUUUCAAGCUGAGAUUAAUAAUUAUUUGGAACUCUUGUCUAUGUAAUUAUUUUUCCGGAAAUUUCGUUAAAAUGGCCUUUCGACGAGUAUAUGAUCUUGCCUUUGAAGAUGAUGAUAGUGAUGAAGAAUUUGUCGUUCGACGUCCUCGAUGGAUCCGAGAAAGAGAAGAUCAUUUCCAAAAUUUGGACAAUGCGGAUUUUGAGAAAAGAUUCCGUCUCUCAAAAAAAGCUGCACUCCAAAUACUGGGUUCAAUUGAGGAACAAAUUGAAUUUGCAAACGACAAGAAUAAUUCUGUUUCUCCAAUGAAUCAGUUACUAUGCACCUUACGAUACUAUGCUACUGGUUGUCACCAAAUGACAGUUGCAGACUUCACUGGAAUUAGUAAAUCGACAGCCCACAGAAUAAUUCAUCGAGUGAGUACUGCUAUUGCCUCUCUCCGUCCACUGCAUAUAACAUUCCCUGAAACUCAGGAGGAAAUUCGAAGAACACAGACUGAAUUUUUCGGAACUGCAAGCUUUCCAAGGGUUUUGGGUGCCAUCGAUUGCACUCAUGUUAAAAUUAAAACUCCAGGUGGUGAUAAUGCAGAGCUGUUUCGUUGCAGAAAGGGUUACUUUUCACUGAAUGUUCAGGCUAUAUGCAAUGCCAAACUUGAAUUCACAGACAUAGUUGCGAGGUGGCCUGGAAGUAGUCAUGAUUCCACCAUAUUCCGUAAUUGCUAUCGGAAAGCUAUGUUUGAUGAUGACAGAUAUGGAAAUGCUGUCCUAGUAGGAGAUAGUGGAUAUUCCUGUACCAAGUAUUUCAUGACUCCUUUUGAAAAUUGUUUGAACCCUGCGGAACAAUUAUACAACGAAUCUCAAAUCAGAACGAGAAACCCUGUGGAAAGAAUGUUUGGAGUUUGGAAAAGACGCUUUCCUGUAUUAUCGUUAGGUUUUAGAAUCGAUUUGGAUAAAGUAUUUCCUGUAAUAGUGGCAACGGCUGUACUUCAUAAUGUCCUACGAAGACGUGGGGAAGAUGUCCCACCUUUUGAUGCUGAGUUUGAAGCCAACCUACCAGCACCAUGGGAUGUUAAAAUAGCUCAGGGAGACAUGGGACAAAAUCCCAUAGCAGUCUUAGGUCAUCCAUUGAACGAGAGGAGAGAUUACCCUGAGCACCGAGAAAGACGUACUAUGGUUCAUCAAUACUUCACAAGGCUGGUAAUGCUAGAGCGACAGCGCAGGGAAAUUGGAAGGGUUGUAGUGGAAGAACAUGAAGAGAUUGCGGAAGAUCCACAUCUAGAAGUGAGGCAGGAUCAAUAGGACUUAAGACAUUGAAAACAGCUGACAAAGAAAAAAAAAUCACUCGCAGCCAGCAAAUUUUUUUCUAAUUUUUGGGUCAAUUUUAUCAAAAUAUGACUAUAUGUAUAGGCACAAUAUUUCCCAUUUAAAAUAGCCGUAAACUUUGUU